AAGACGUAAACCUUGCCAACAUGGCGACGUUCCGAUGAGAGUACAGAGGUUUGAAGUAACGACCGCUUUUUAGCUGGAAAAAAAUAACCUCAACACCGCCAGUUACGAUGUGGCGGGGUUAGCCGAAGCCACGACGCGCACAGCUUUUUUAGACCAUGUUUGCAGAGGCCAGUCUGUCCAUCUGGGGAUGGGGGGGUCUUGGAGCUGUGCUAUUCUUCAUAACCUUUGGACCUUUUGCCAUAUUCUACCUGGCCUUCUAUAUCUUUUGCUUUAUUGGAGGUGGCUUUGCAGUCACAUUGCUUUAUGGAAAGAUAAACUCAGAGAAACACCUGGAAAAAUGCGAGCACUCUUACUUACCACCGACACAAAUUGGUAUACAGAAGACGCUGGAUGACAUGAAACUGGAGGUAAAGUCAAUAAAGAUUGACAGGAGACUGACUGGAUCCAGUUUCAUUGAUGAACCACUACAACAGGUGAUCCAGUUUGCGCUGAGAGACUAUAUCCAGUACUGGUAUUACACUCUGAGUGAAGAUGAGUCCUUUUUGCUGGAGAUCAGACAAACGCUGCAGAAUGCACUCAUCCAGUUCUCCACGCGGUCCAAAGAGGUGGACUGGCAGCCUUACUUCACCACCCGCCUGGUGGACGACUUCGCCACCCAUUUACGUGUCUUUAGAAAAGCCCAGGAUCGCCUCGCCGACAGAGAGGACAAGCAAAGAGACAUAACAGAAGAGCUAGUUGACUCAUUUUUUGAGGCUGAAGUGGAGAUGGAAAGAAAAAUAUGUAGAGACGUAGUUUGCACUUCCCACAGAGAUGAAGAAGGUUUUCUUCGAGACUUGUGUGAGUUACUUCUGUAUCUGUUACUACCUCCUGGAGAUUUCCACAACAAAAGCAUGAGAUACUUCCUGAGGGAGGUGCUGGCAUACGGAGUUCUACUUCCUCUGAUCAACCAGCUGAGUGAUCCGGAUUAUAUUAACCAGUUUGUCAUCUGGAUGAUUCGGGACUCCAGCUGCAACUAUGAAGCCUUCAUGAACAUCUUGAAGUUGACGGACAAGCCUGCCGAACUUGAAGCUGUUAAAGGCAAGGUGCUGGAGGAGCUGCAGUAUCUCCGCUCCCUGGACACAGCUGGAGAUGACAUCAAUGUGAUCAAAAACCAGAUUAACAGUCUUCUAUUUGUGAAGAAGGUGUGUGAGACCAGAAUCCAGAGACUACAGUCAGGAAAGGAGGUCGAUGCCCUGAAGUUGGCAGCCAGUUUUGGCAAGCUGUGCGUUAUCCCAUUGGAUCACAUCCUCGUCCACAACAUAGCUCUGCAGUUCUUCAUGGACUUCAUGCAGGCAGCAGGGGCUCAGGCAGAGCUGUUCUUUUGGCUCACUGUGGAGGGAUACAGGGUGACAGCCCAGCAGCAGCUGGAGGUGAUGCAGGGCUGGCAGAAAGAUGACAAGAAGCAGCCGGGGGCCACCAAGGGGCUGCUAAAGGCGGCUGCACUGGGGGUUUAUGAACAGUACCUUUCUGACAAGGCAUCUCCCAGGGUACAGGUGGACAAGGAGUUAGUAACAAAUCUGGGAGAGAAGCUGCAGAGAGAAGACCCCACACCUGAUAUAUUUGAUGAAGUUCAGAGAAAGGUGUACGACAUGAUGCUACGUGACGAGCGCUUCUACCCGUCCUUCAAGCAGAGUCCCCUGUAUGUCCGCAUGCUCGCAGAGCUGGACAUGUUGAAAGAGCCAAGUUACAGAGGAUCUGAUGAUGGGGAUGGAGAGUCCUUCAAUGGCUCUCCCACAGGAAGCCUAAACCUGUCACUGGAUGACCUGACCAACUCCUGCCAUGAUGAAUUUCUGCAGCUACAUGCCUUCAUAUCUGACACGGCUGAUUCUUUUCUUCCUGGCUUCUGGGGUGCAACAGGGGUUUGCAACGAUCAUGGUAAGACCUACGCACUUUACGCCGUCACCGUGUUCAGACGCAACCCAGACGGCAGUGAGGACUUCUGGAAGACGUACCGUCGCUACUCAGACUUCCAUGACUUCCACAUGAGAAUAACGGAGCAGUUUGAGAACCUGACGUCGAUCCUAAAGCUUCCAGGAAAGAAAACUUUCAACAACAUGGACAGAGACUUCCUGGAGAAGAGAAAAAAGGACCUCAAUGCUUACCUUCAGUUGCUGCUAAACCCAGAGAUGGUGAAGGCCUGUCCAACUUUGAUUCCCUACAUCUAUGACUUCCUAGAGAAUAAGGCCUACAGCAAGGGCAAAGGAGAGUUUGCACGAAAGAUAGACACAUUUGUGAAUCCUUUGCGGAGCUCCAUGAGGAACAUGUCCAACGCAGUAAAAUCUCUGCCGGACAGUUUGGCUGAGGGAAUGAAUAAAGUCUCUGAUAACAUGGGCCGCAUGUCAGAAAGACUUGGUCAAGACAUCAAACAGAACAUUUUGAAGGUGCCUCCUCUCCUUCCAAAGUCUGACAUCGACCCAGAACACUGUCGAGUCUCUGCCCAGCUGGACGACAAUGUGGAUGAUAAUAUCCCUCUACGAGUCAUGCUGCUGCUGAUGGAUGAGGUGUUCGACCUUAAAGAGAAAAACCAAUGGCUGCGCAGGAACAUUAAGAACCUGCUGCAGCAGCUCAUCAGAGCCACUUACGGAGACACUAUCAACAGGAAAAUCGUGGAUCACGUGGACUACAUGACCUCUCAAGAACAGGUGGCAGAUUAUGUGAAAAAGUUCAGGGAUUCCUACUGGCCUAAUGGGAUUCUAGCCGAGACCCCACCGCGCAGGGACAAGUGCAUCCGCAUGAGGACACGGGUAGCUGCCAAGACCAGCCUCCUAGGCAUCAUGCCAGAUGAGCUAAAGCACAUUAUCGGAGCAGACACUACUAGAAAGGGCAUCCUCCGCGUCUUUGACAUGUUUCAGUACCAACCCAUGAACCGGCGCCUAGUGUACGUGUUCCUGGAGGGCUUCCUGGAGACCAUGUUCCCUCAGUACAAAUUCCCCGAGCUGUUUGUCAAGCUGCACUCCCGUUCGCCGCGCAUUCACAGAUACAGCCAGAAACUCCAAUGCUUCUCGCUGAAGAGGUGACAGGAAAGGCCGGCGGCAUCAGGACACGGGCCAACGACAGACAUGCAGAGACCCGAGAGCUGGAAGUGAGGGUGUGUGUGGUGAGAAGGGGGUGUUUUGUGUGCGAUCGCUGCCCUUAACCUGCUCUCACACACUCCUAUCGGGGAAAACACUCCUGAUUGUUUCCACUGAAACAGAACCGAAGGAUGAGCAGCUCUGAAAUACACGUUCUAACACAAAUUAUACCAUUUGCACCAAGAGACUGAACAGGACUGUCUUUUUUUUUGUUUUGUUCUAGUUUCUAUAUUUUUUUCUUCUGUUUGGACAUUUUACUUUUGUUAAGCUUUAUGUUGGCCAGCCAAUGCUGCUUUCUUGUGGUUCAGACGAGCAGAUCAUAAAAUACUGCUUUGUUUUUAAACUGCAGGACUCAAUAGAGCAGACCCACACCUUGCCUUACUUUCCCGCUUCAGUCCUUUAUGUUGUGGAGCCACAGAGCUGCAAUCACGCAUACCAUCACGCAGAAGCACAUCUUCCUCUUUCCACUGCAACCAAACAAAUGUCAGAAGCACUGGGUUAAAGAGGCGCUGUCCUGCAAAUGUGAGCGAACGAGAAUGGGUUGGAAGUUGUUGUUUUUUUCGCCCAUCAGUUUUUCUUCUCUCGAUGGACAGGCCACACCCCCUUUAAUGCAACUGUCAUUACCUGCGACAACCAAAGCUCAUGCUGUUUGUUUGUUUCUGUGUGUGUGUGUGUUCGCUUCUUAUUGCAGAUCAUGCAAAGAAAGAAACCUUUAACGAGCCAAAAGGUGAGGAGAAUCUAUGCUCUGGGCUGCGUCGCAGUUGGGUCGCAUAGGUUGUGUAUGUGUGUGUGUGUGUGCGUGUGUGUGUGCGUUGAGCUGGAAGACGCAGCUGUCUUCUGGUCAGAAACUGUGCCAGUGUGAGUGAGUGAACCAUCCUUAAAUCUAUAUAUAGUGUAAACUGGCCAAGAGAUGCAUAGCAGAGGGAGUUCUCUGUCACGAGAAAUGGACUUUAUAAGAAAAUCAAAAGGAGGAAUGGAGAUAUUAUCCCUAAUCACUUUUAUUCUGAGAGAAAAAAAAAUCUUUUGAUUUGGUGCAAUAUAUUUUGUGUGAUGCAUGUGCAUUUUGAUUUAUGGUGUACUAAAAAUGGUCAUUCGUAAUCUUUUAUUUAGAAGAAAACAUUAAGACGUCUUCUUACCCCAACAGCUUAACAUUCCGUUGUUGUAAAAUGUUUAUUUUACAGACUUGUUUUAUAAGUCCGACUUGUUUUUUGGGUGUUUUUUGUUUUUUUUUAAGUGUACAGAAGGUAUUGUCCACAUGUCCCAUACUCACCAUCAGAGAAUGUCUGCUGCAGGAAUCGGUAAAGUAGUAAUCAGUAGUCCAUCAACUCCUGCACUACAGCUAGUUCAGAGGUGGUCUUGAACAACUGCUUCUUUCAGCCUUCUACGUGGCGUUCCAAUCUGUACCAGACUGUCAGGCUGAGUGCAGAGAUCUUGUGACCUGACUGCCUCCACUGCCUAUUGCGUGUGAAGCCCUUCUAUAAUCAGGUCCACCAAAAUCACAGAAGUGACUGUGGCCAAUAGAGUCACUACUAAUAAGCACUUACUGUAGCAACUGUGGGAGACCGGGCCCUGACUCCCUCCACCGCUGCCAUUUGCUUGCCCUUGGUAGCGCCAGUGGACUCUGAUUGGCUGAGCAAGAAGGACGCAAAGCAUCUAUUUUUGGGAAGAGAUGUCACCUUUAACAUUCUGCACAACUCUCCAUGCAGGAAGUGUUUGGGUUUUUUUUGUUUUUUUUUACCCCAGUAUAUAUGAAUCUGAUACAGAAAAUGUGUGCAUAUCUGUGUACAUUGUGUUAAUAGUGUGCCUAAAUGUAAUGUCAACUCUAUUUUCAUAUUUUUCUUCACCCAAGAAGAAAAGAAAAAAGUCAAUCAGAACGUCAUGAUCCUUUUACGAGACUGAAAAACGCUUUGGGAUUUUAGGUUGUUUUUUUUUUGUUUUUUUUUAAUCAUACUCACACUUCUCCUGGUGAGCACUUGUGCUCAAAUCAGUAUAACACUAAAUAAAAUGUAACUCAGACUAAAUGAGCCAUAUUUC